CAGCUGUUAAUUUUUAACAGUCAGUGGUCGAGAUAUUUCCCAUUACCGACACCAUCACAUGGUUAGCUGCAGCUAAAGCUAAAUGUGGCUGUAGAAAUAAAACAAUUUAACCGUUCUAUAGCUAAGCUAUGUAUGUGGUUAACUUGACUAGUUAGCUAGCAACAACGCUAGCUAACGUGCUAGCUAGAUAAGCAGCUACUUUUCCAAGAAGUCAAAUGACCAUGUUUGGACUUUUAACGCCCCAAAGUCGUUAUUUUAAAGUAUUCAUCAAAGCGUGUCGACAAACAAGGCGAACUAGAUGUUCAUCAGUUAGUUCUGAGUUAAAUAUCCGCAGUUUUAUUGUAGAGAACACAGAAGUAGUUGGAGAGCAGAGCCUGACCCCAGAAAUCAAACUGAGACUGUUCACCCCAAACUGCAGAUUUUGGAGAGAAAGACCAGAGCACUGGCCUUUCGAUGACCCCUACUGGGCCAUAUACUGGCCAGGCGGACAGGCACUCUCAAGGUAUCUCCUUGAUAACCCGGCAGUGUGUCGGGGUAAGACGGUUCUAGAUCUGGGGAGCGGCUGUGGAGCCUCGGCCAUCGCUGCAAAACUAUGUGGUGCCGCUCAUGUAGUUGCCAAUGACAUUGACACUGUUGCAGCGGUUGCGACCCACAUGAACUGUGAGUUGAACGGCUUGGAGCCAGCUGUGUGUCUGUCCAACAACAUGAUUGGUUCACAACCCGGGGCCUUCGACCUGAUCCUCCUCGGAGACAUGUUCUACGAAGAGGCCCUCGCCACCAGCCUCCACAGCUGGCUGGACCGCUGCAUCAGAACCCGAGGCACCAAAGUCCUGAUUGGAGAUCCGGGAAGAGCUCAGUUCGAGGAACACGGCAUCCGCCGACUCCUGCGUCAGCUGGCUCAGUUUGAGCUGCCUGCGUGUGUCAGAGAGGAGAACUACGGUCUGACCUGCAGCAGGGUUUGGUGCUACCGUCCUGAGCUCUGAGGACCGGAGCGGAUCCUCUGGGCUUUCUAGUUUCAAUGUAAUAAAUAUGAACUCACCUGCUGUGAGAUAUGUUAUUGAUUGCUUUGUUAUCUUCUUCACUCAGGGUCACUCAGUUCAAUUGUCACUGGUUGCCUUACAACAAACUAUCUCCCAAUGUGUUUUUAAAACCCAGGAUGCAUGUAAAUAUAUGUGGAUGUUUCAUGUCCUGUACUGUUGCUAUGUAUAAUAAUACAUUUUACAUACAGAAUUAAUAAGCAUUUAUUUGUCUUUAUCUUUCUGCGUGUUGAAGUACAGUGUAGAAA